AUGGCACAGUCACUGUACGCGAUUGGCACGAUUGUCAUUCUGCUUCGCUUCGCGGUGCGCGUCCGCACUGUCGGCCUGCGCGGGUUCCAAGGCGACGACUAUCUCUCUGGCCUUUACCUCGCCCUGUACACCAUCAACAUCAUCAUCGUCCAGUACACGUAUUACAGUGGCGGAAACGUCGAUAUCAUGUCAGAACAAGUGGCGACGUUGCCGCAGUCCCAUAUUGACGUGCUGCGAUUUGGGAGCCAGCUUGAAUUCGCGAGCUGGUACACCUAUCCAGGGACAAUAUGGACUCUUAAAUUCAUGGUGCUCUUCUUCUACAGGAGGUUGACCCUCGGCAUCCUACGCACUAAGACGAUUCGCUUCCUUUUCUGGUUCUGCGGCGCGAGCUGGAUCGCGCUCAUCCUCGUCGUGUCCCUUAGCUGCCGCCCAUACUCCCACAACUGGCAGAUCAAGCCCCUCCCCGGUCCAGAGUGCAUAUUUCGUCCCUAG